UGUUUACUCUUCGUAGUUAAUAAUUGGAGCAUUUUCUAUAAACACAAAAAAGUAAACAGAGUAAAGGUUAGUUUUCUGAUAAUACGUACUGACAAAAUAUAGGCUUGAUAAUUUAGUCCAGUUUGGGGAAAGAUAAGGCUGCUGCCCGGAUAGGACCUAAAUUUAUCUAUUGGCUCAACUUGAACAGCAAUCAUGGAAAAUAACAUUGUAUAUUUGUGGAUUUGUGCUUUUGCAAUUGUUUAUCCAGUCGUCCAUGGAAAUCAAGAGACUUUACCGCAACAUACUGCCAGUGAAAAACUUCCAUCAUUGAUAAAGAUGAACAAUGAUUUUGCUUUUCAGCUGUACAAAAGGCUUGUAGAAAUGCCAGAGUAUCAGUCCAAGAAUAUCUUCUUCUCUCCAUUCAGUGUGUCCAUGGCCCUUUCUGAGCUGUCUUUAGGAGCCGGUGGUGAGACCAAACAGCAGCUUCUCAGAGGCAUCGGCCAUAACAGCUCGAUCUUCAGCACUGAAGAAAUGCACCAGAUGUUCCACCAUCUCCUGGAAGAAAUCGAUCAGAGGACAGGGGUGGACAUCGAUGUUGGCAGUGCACUUUAUGUAAACGACACAUUUAAGCCCUUUCCUGAGUUCUUGGAGAAGAUGAAGGAGUUUUACCACUCUGAAGGCUUCACUGUGGAUUUCAGCAUCAGAGAAACAUUAGAUAAAAUUAACACAUAUGUGAAGGACAAAACACAUGGGAAAAUAAAUCAAGCAGUUGGUGAUUUGGAAUCUGAUACUGUGAUGCUCCUUCUCACGUACAUAUAUUUUAAAGGAAAAUGGGACAUGCCAUUUAACCCAAGCAGGACCCGCAAGGAUACCUUUCAUGUGGACGCUGAGACCACCGUUCCAGUACAAAUGAUGCACCAAUACGAAUCCCUCAAAGUUUAUUAUGAUGCUGAACUCACUUCUAAAGUCCUCUGUCUUGACUACAAUGACUCUUUCUCCAUGUUUCUGGCUGUCCCAGAUGUUGGCAUAAGAUAUAAGACCAUCAAAGAUCUGGAGAUGGCCAUCUCUAGACAGCACAUUGAAAAAUGGAGGAGAGCUGUCCAGAAAAGAAAAGUAGACAUCUAUGUCCCCAAGCUGUCUCUGAAAACAUCAUAUUACUUGAAUGAUAUUUUGAAAGGAAUGGGAAUGGCUGAUAUGUUUACAGAUAAAGCCGACUUUACAGGAAUUUCAGAAGAAGAGAUUUUCAUUUCAAAGGCUUUGCAUAAAGCUACUCUCGAUAUAGAUGAGGAGGGAACCACUGCAGCAGCAGUGACAACAGUUUUAUUCAGACCAAUGUCUUACAACCCAAUGCAGACUUUGAGUUUUGACCAUCCAUUCAUGAUCUUUAUCACUGACCGAAAAAAUGAUAACAUCCUCUUCUUUGGAAAAGUUGUCAACCCCACGGAAAAACAGUGAUGUGGCAACCAAGAUGUCAUAUCAAACAUUAGCCAGCAGGUGGACAUGUUUUAACAAUUUGUGCCAUCUACAGCGAGUUGAUAUACAAAGGUACUCAAUCCUUCUCCUAGGUUCACUUUCCUGCAGAGUUUAGUUCCAGUGCUUAUCAAACACCUGAACCAGCUUAUUAAACUGUUUGGAUUUAGUUGUUUGGAAAUAAAUUGCAGGAAGGAGAAUCUACAGGACAGGCAUUUCUAGAUCUGUUUCCUCUGGUCAGUCAAGUGGCAACUGUUAUAUGUAAUGCUUGAUCAGAAAAAGGUGUAGAAAAAUGUUAAGUAAAAAAAAAAAAAUAUAAUAAAAAAAACUGACGAUA